AACAGGCAGUGGAUAUUUACUUUGAAGACCCCGAUUCAGUGAGUAUACCAGAGCAGCGCCCAGUAGGUUUUUGAAGAAACCCGCCGAAUCCGACGGAAACGUUAUGGAAGUUGUCGACGGUCGAAACUCCAACACGAAACGCAAACGAGACGACGUCGUCCCGAACGGCAACAGUAACAGUAACAGUAACAACGACAUCGACUUGUCCCUCUUGGAGGCAGUAGAGAAAUCCCAAAACGCCGUCGAAGCGCCCGACCUCCGAACCCUAAAGAAGCUAGUGCUCUCCUUCGAGCGUCGUCUCAAGGACAAUAUCGGAGCCCGACUCAAGUACGCGGAUCAACCCGACCGCUUCGCCGACUCCGAAGUCGAGCUCCACGAAGACCUCCAGAAGCUCAAGGUCCUCGCCGGAGCUCCGGAUCUCUACCCGGACCUCGUCUCCCUCAACACCGUCCCUUCCAUUCUCAACCUCCUUGGCCACGACAACACCGACAUUGCAAUCGACGUGGUUCAGUUGCUCCAGGAACUCACGGACGACGAGGUUUUCGAUGAGAACGACGAGGCCGUUGGGGUUCUCGUCGAUGCCCUAGUAGACAACAAUGUCCUCGAGCUGCUGGUUCAGAAUCUGCAGCGGUUGAACGAUUCGGACCCGGACGAGAGUGCCGCUGUGUACGGGACUCUAGCUACGAUCGAGAAUUUGAUCGAGGUAAAGCCGGCGGUGGCGGAAUUGGUGUGCGAAAGGACCAAGCUUUUCAAAUGGUUGAUGGGGAAGAUUAAGGUGAGAGAGUUCGAUGGAAACAAGCAAUAUGCUUCGGAAAUAUUGGCUAUACUGUUGCAGAGUAGCGUAGCGAAUCAGAAGAAGUUGGGGCAGAUGAACGGUGUCGAUGUGUUGCUUCAGGCGGUGGCUAUGUACAAGUCUAAGGACCCCAAGAGCUCCGAUGAGGCCGAGAUGUUGGAGAAUUUGUUUGAUUGUUUGUGCUGCUUGUUGAUGCCAUUGGAGAACAAGGAGAGGUUUGUGAAGGCUGAAGGGGUGGAGUUGAUGAUCAUUAUCAUCAAGCAGAAGAAGUCUGCUUAUGGGUCGGCCAUUAGAGCGCUUGACUUUGCCAUGACCAAGUACCCGCCAGCCUGCGAACGUUUCAUUGAUGUUUUGGGGUUGAAGACGGCCUUUGCAGCUUUUAUGGGUAAGAUUCCCAUUAAGAAGAAGAACAAGAAGGAGCGUUAUCACGAGGAGUUGGAGGAGCGCAUUGUGUCUCUAAUUGCAUCUUUAUUUGGUGGAAUUCUGAGGGGUUCUAGAAGGGAGAGAUUGUUAAGCAAGUUUGUCGAAAAUGAGUGUGAAAAGAUAGACCGGCUUAUGGAACUUUAUAUGAGAUAUUCAGAUAGAGUUAAAGCCGAAACUGAACGGAUGGAUCAGCUUGAACUUGAUGAUUUAGAGAUGGAUGAAGAGGAAAAGUACAACCGGAAGUUGGAAUCUGGACUUUAUACUCUUCAGUUGAUUGCUGUUAUUCUGGGGCAUCUUUGGUGUUCUGAGCACCCUCAAAUGAGAGCAAGAAUUGAACUACUGCUCAAGCAGCAAAAACUGACUAAGAAGGAUGUUAAGGAUAUACUUCAGGAAUAUCACGACAAUAUUGGUGAUGUGGAUGGACCUGAAGAAAUGGAGCGAUCGCAGGCAAAGAUUCAAAGGUUCAUCUCGGCGUUGUGAUUGUUUAAACGAUUUGUUGGGCCCUAUUGAGCUAUGUUUUGUGGAAGUUAAGAGUGCCAUGUAGAAGUAGUUGAGAACUGCUGAUCUUGUAUGUAUUGCAGUAUACAACAUUUUGAGAAAGGUAUCGUGCUGAUAAUUUAGAACCAUUAGAAAAUCAUACAUGUAGUUGAGAUCUGCUGACUAACUCAGAGUACGUUGAAAACUGGCAAUAUUGUUUUAAUUUCUCUCAGGUAAAGUGGGACUUGCUUUAUCUCCUUCAAAGAACCAUAUAGGAUUCUGUAAUAUGGUGUUUACAAGUACAUGGAAAUCAAGACUUUGGUU